UGUGUGUGACACUUGAGUGCCUCUCUCCGGUCCCAUGCGUAAUAAAUGUUGUGGUAGUCGAAAAUGUGCUGAAAUUUAGUGGAGAUUCCUGCAACUUCCGCACUUUGAAUUGCAGUUAUUUGUAGCGUACUUUUGUUCUAUGCAACAUGGAUAACUAUAAGUUGCUUGAACGACUAGGAAAAGGAGCCCAGGGAUCCGUAUUCAAAGUCGAGAGUAAAGAAGAUGGAUCAAUUCAUGUCUUAAAAAAGGUUGAGUGCACAGAUGAAGCGGAGGCGAACAAGGCAUUCAAAGAGGCCAUGGCCUUACAGGAUUUGAAGCAUCGUUAUAUCUGCGGCUACAGGGAGUUCUUCGUAACAUGGGACAAAGAAGAGUCAGCCCUGUAUGUGUGCAUUGUAAUGCAAUACUACAAAAUGGGUGACUUGGACAAAGCAUUAGGUAUCAAAAGGAAACAACAGGUCAAAGUUGAAGAGGUGGUUUUGAAGAAAUGGAUUGGGCAGAUGAUCGAGGCAUUGGUUUUUGUUCACGACAAACAAGUCAUUCACAGAGACCUCAAACCAAGCAAUGUAUUUCUGACCGAAAAGCUGGACGUGAGUCUGGGAGACUUCGGUGUAGCUACAGUCAUGGGAGAUGCACGCACAAAAACAAGGACCACCGUUGGUUCUAUGAUAUGGAUGGCUCCCGAGGUACUAGAAAGACCAUACGAUGAGCGGAGUGACGUCUGGUCACUAGGAUGCAUUAUUCUGGAAAUGGCAACCUGCAGAUUUCUAGAUCGUGCCAACGUGAACGCAGUCCUGUUUGACAUGAAGCAAUCUAUCAACCUACUUGAGGGAAUCUUAGAGAAGGUUCAAGAGGAUUACUCUCCAAAUUUGGCCCAGUUGAUCCGCACAAUGCUACGUAAGAACUUCCAGCAGAGACCCACUGCAACGGAGUUGGUGGAACUCCCCUACAUCAAGGAGUGUCUUGCUCUUAGCCAAUCACAUAUUGUACAGAAGAAGAAAGCCAAGCAAGAGGCUGCCUUGGCUGUUUCCAAAGAUAUGGAUAUACCUGCGGCCAUAGAAUUCAUGAAGAAGCAUAGAGAAAACGAGGUCACCACAGCAAAUGCCCUGACCCAUCUCAACACGUUCAAGACUCCUGUGUUAACUAAUGAUGCAAAGAACCUGGUCUUGACUCUUAUGAAAGAUCACUUGAAGGAUGUUAAGGUACAGGUCCAGGCCUGUCGACUUCUCCUAACCCUCGCAUCGGCAGCUGAUCCUGAAGAGGAUGGCGAUGAUGUUCUGUUCUCUAGCGCCCUCAUUAAAAGCGUCACACUCAGCAUGAAGUCUCACGGCGCAUCACCUGAACUGCAGAGUGUAGCUUGCUUGCUUUUAAAGACACUAGCCAUGAACGAGCAAACAGCGGGCCUGAUUGGAUCUCAUGGGGGCAUUCAAGAUAUCUUAGCUGCAAUGAGAGGAUUACCCAACGAAGCUGAAAUAUGUGCAAACGGCUGUAGCGCCCUCUCUUGUCUCACAAUUCAUGAGAAUAACCUGGGCAUCAUCAGAGAGGAGAGUGGAGUCAGGGAUUUAAUAAACGCCAUGAGUACUCACAUGGACACUGCUAGCGUGAUCGACUCGGCAUGUACUGCACUAUGGGGGCUCUCACUGGAAGAUGAGAACAUUGAGACGAUGGGUGAACACAGUGCAGCUGAGUUGUUUCUCAAGGCAAUCCAAACACAUGUUCAGAAUUCUGACGUGGUGAAGAAUGCAUGCAUGGCACUCGCCAGCCUCGUGAGCGAGUCUGAAGAGAGUGCCUACGCAGCCCUGCAGGAGAACGAGGAAGGCAAGACUGGGAUAGAGGUGAUCACGGCAGCGUACAAGCAGCAUCAUGAUGACCCUGACGUGGCUGAGAAUGCAUGCUGCUUUUACAUGGAGAUAUCUGAAAUAGAUGAUGGUCUCGUAGCUCUGAAGAAACUAAAUGUUGCCAGCGUUCUCAAAGACAUCAAGACACGCUUUGCAGACAAUGAGGAGAUCAUGGGUAACGUUGUGGAUGUCUUAGGCAAGUUAGGCGAGGGCGCUGGGUCAUCAGGUUCUCGCCCGCAGUCCGCACGGGAUAAAAAGCGUGGGAAGUGAGUCGUAAAAGGGAACAAUAUUGUAGACGUCUCGUCCAGUCUAACUAUCGCUGCAAAAUCUGUCAUGCUCUACAAGUUGCCGUGACCGUGGGCUAUUCUCACUAAACUGCCAAACUGGAAGUGUGCUGGACAAAAUGAUUGAAUAGCUAAAGUGGAAAACUUGCAGAGCAUUAUAAAGCAUAUAGUAGGUAUCCUUUUUUUGGCCGAGAAUUUGUUCUUCUUAUUUUAUACAAAUUCGUUUUUGUAAUAGCUUUGGGAAACAUUUCAGCAUUUAAAGACACUGGACACCUUUGGUUAUUGUCAAAGACCAGUCUUCUCACUUGUCGUAUCUCAGCUUCCGCACAAAAUAACAAACCUACGAAAAAUUGCUAAAUUGUGGUGGUUGAAGUUGCAAGAUAAUAAUGGAAGAAAAAACACCUUUGUCACACAAAGUUGUGUGCUUCCAGUUGCUUGAUUUCGGGACCUCAAAAGAGUGAUAAUUAUCUUGAUUAUAAACAGACAGCAGACUUGACAACGAAGGGGACACCAAUUAUGACGCCUGAUGUAUUAAUUUGUGUUGUUAGAUUUUUCUUCUUUCGUAUACACUUAAAAUACCAUGGUAAUUUUUCAAAUUGUACACAGAUUAGAUAGUUACCAUUAUUGUACUCUAGGUUUUUACAACGCUCUGUAGAUACAUUUAUAUUUGUACUAACAUUUACUCCAGCACUAUCCUCCUUUUAAGAACUUACUCAGAACUACUUACUAAUGUAGAAUUGCAAAUGUUCAUUUUGAAUUUUGUAGUAUAUUGAGUUAAACUUAAACAUUAUUAAUGGUGUCGGCCUUAUGUUUUCAUUUUGAAAAAUUUUCCAAACUGAUUUGAAAACAAUCCGUCCAAAAUAGUUUCUAAAAUGAAAAAUAGUUUAUUAUUUUGUAAAAGUGACACACAUAAUUAUACGAACUGCAGCUUGAUUGGUUUAUAAUUUGAUAUUAGAAGAUGUGGUUAUAAAAACUCAUAAAUAUUUCCGUCCUUUUAAAAAUAUUGAUUUAUACAAUUUUUUUCCAGUCUGUAUUCAUCCGUUUGUAAAUUUUUAUAGGUCUGAUUUUUGUUAAACUUUUGUAUAUUUUGGCAUCAAUUGAAUGAGCGGGAUUUAUUUUCUGAAGAAUAAAA